AGCCCCGGCCCGGGGCCCGACGAUGCUGACGCCGAGGCAGAGCCGAGGGCGCGGUGCGGGGCAGCGCUGAAAGUUGGGCGGCCCGCGGGAGCGGCGCGGGACGGCCCGGAGGCGCGGAGACCCCGAGAUCGACGCGCAAAUCGACACACCGCGGGGAGGGGGCGGGGGGCCGGCCGGCCGAGGUCGCGGGGAAGGGGCGCCGGGACUCCCCUCUCCCCGCCUGGGACGCCCGCCAGCCUGACUGCGCCGUGGGAUGUAGCGCCCGCUCGCCGCCUCCCGGACACUCGUCGGACCCUCCGCCCCGCGAAGCUGCCACACUGUCAGGCUCGACGAGUGUCUGUUAAAUGGAAGCAAACGUGCAGCGUGGCAGUUUGCUGCUUACCUUCAAGCCUGAGCAAGACAAGGAAGGAGACAACUCACGUUGCACCGUGUCUUCCACCCUGGCUCUACCACUCGGGAGCUCUGUGACCUCAGGCCCUGCCUCUUCCCAGGUGACCACGCCGGCCUCAGGACAUGCACGGGCACAGCCGCAACGGCCAGGCCCACGUGCCCCGGCGGAAACGCCGCAACCGCUUCGUUAAGAAGAACGGCCAAUGCAACGUCUACUUCGCCAACCUGAGCAACAAGUCGCAGCGCUACAUGGCGGACAUCUUCACCACCUGCGUGGACACGCGCUGGCGCUACAUGCUCAUGAUCUUCUCCGCGGCCUUCCUCGCCUCCUGGCUCUUCUUUGGCCUCCUCUUCUGGUGCAUCGCCUUCUUCCACGGUGACCUGGAGGCUGGCCCGGCGGGGGGCCCGGCGGCGGGUGGCGGGGCAGCCCCGGUGGCCCCCAAGCCCUGCAUCAUGCACGUGAAUGGCUUCCUGGGCGCCUUCCUGUUCUCGGUGGAGACGCAGACGACCAUCGGCUACGGCUUCCGGUGCGUGACGGAGGAGUGCCCGCUGGCGGUCAUCGCCGUGGUGGUCCAGUCCAUCGUGGGCUGCGUCAUUGACUCCUUCAUGAUCGGCACCAUCAUGGCCAAGAUGGCGCGGCCCAAGAAGCGGGCGCAGACGCUGCUGUUCAGCCACCACGCGGUCAUCUCGGUGCGCGACGGCAAGCUCUGCCUGAUGUGGCGCGUGGGCAACCUGCGCAAGAGCCACAUCGUGGAGGCCCACGUGCGGGCGCAGCUCAUCAAGCCCUACAUGACCCAGGAGGGCGAGUACCUGCCGCUGGACCAGCGGGACCUCAACGUGGGCUACGACAUCGGCCUGGACCGCAUCUUCCUGGUGUCACCCAUCAUCAUCGUGCACGAGAUCGACGAGGACAGCCCGCUCUACGGCAUGGGCAAGGAGGAGCUCGAGUCGGAGGACUUCGAGAUCGUGGUCAUCCUCGAGGGCAUGGUGGAGGCCACGGCCAUGACCACCCAGGCCCGCAGCUCCUACCUGGCCAGCGAGAUCCUGUGGGGCCACCGCUUCGAGCCUGUGGUCUUCGAGGAGAAGAGCCACUACAAGGUGGACUACUCCCGCUUCCACAAGACCUACGAGGUGGCCGGCACGCCCUGCUGCUCCGCCCGGGAGCUGCAGGAGAGCAAGAUCACGGUGCUGCCCGCCCCGCCACCCCCGCCCAGUGCCUUCUGCUACGAGAACGAGCUGGCCCUCAUGAGCCAGGAGGAGGAGGAGAUGGAGGAGGAGGCGGCGGCGGCUGCAGCCGUGGCCGCGGGCCUGGGCCUGGAGGCCGGCUCCAAGGAGGACGCGGGCAUCAUCCGCAUGCUGGAGUUCGGCAGCCACUUGGACCUGGAGCGCAUGCAAGCCACCCUGCCCCUGGACAACAUCUCCUACCGCAGGGAGUCCGCCAUCUGACCUCCGGGCCCUGCCCGCUGCGCUGCCCGCAAGAGCCUCUGCCCGGGGCCGGGGUGGGAGGAGGGAGGCAGAGCCUCCCACGCCCAGGACAGAGCCGGCCCUGGCACCACAGACCUCCCGGAGGGAGGUGGGGGCUUUGAGGACUGGGGGACCCCGUCCUACUGACUCCAGAGCCCCAGCCUGGCACAGAGCCAGGACACCCUCGGCCAGCCCCGUCGGCCCCAGUCCCCGAGCCCCCUCCCACAGGCGGUGCUGGGACCCCAGAGUGGCCACCACCCUUUCCCCACCUACCCUUUUGAGGACCUGCCCCCUCCCCCUUUGCUCUCAGAAACUUGGGGGAAGGCGACUGGACUGCUGGG